CGGCCACGACCCGCCCGACCCCGCAGGGACCUCCGGCCGCGCCACGCCCACGUCCCGCUGUGCGGGAGUGACGCGCACAGCGGCGCCGGCGGAAAUCCCACACCGGGAUUUAAAGUGCGCUCCCGGCACACCCGGGGCGGCCGCGGGGUGGGGGCUCCCACAGGCGCUCCGGGCUGCGGCCACGUGCUUGGGACGCGCUGCCCUCGCUUUUGGAAGCCACAGGUCGGCCGCGGGGCUGCCAGAGGCUGCCAUAGGCUUCCCGGCAGCGGGAGGCGAGUAGCGGAGCGGGCCCGUGGCCCAGGGAACCGCGGCCUCCGGCGGCUCCGGGGCUCGGGUGCGGCGGCCCCGCUGCCGGCACUGCCCUCGCACCCGCUGUGCGCUGCUCGGCCUCUUCCUCUCUCUUUAGUGCCUCGCUUGGGUUUUAAACGGGGCACAUCCGUGUAGUUGUUCUGUCCGUGGUGUACGAGGUCUGUUGUUCGUACUCUGUGGCUUUGUAACGCAAGCUUUCUCACGCAGCUGUUUGGCUUCGCCCCAGCCGAGACAGUCUGUAGCAAUGGCUUCAGGAACAGUGCUGAUUUAUGAUGAGGAGAUGACCACUCACAAACUACUUUGGAGUGAUCCUGUUUGUGAUAUUGAAGUGCCAGAAAGACUUUCAUCCUCCUAUGAGCAGCUUAAAUGUUAUCACCUUGUGGAAAGAUGUGUCCAUGUGCCUGCCAGAGAAGGAAGCGAGGAGGAGAUCCUGUUGGUUCACAGUUCAGAGCACUUGAAAGUGGCAAAAAGCACUCAGACAAUGAAUGAGGAGGAGCUGAAAAGAGUCUCUGAAAAUUAUGAUGCUUUUUUCUUUCAUCCGAACACUUACCGCUGUGCCAGACUAGCAGUAGGAGCAACUUUGCAGCUGGUGGACUCUGUGAUGUCAGGAAAAGGGCGCAAUGGAAUGGCAUUAGUAAGACCUCCAGGUCACCACAGCCAGAGAAAUGCAGCUAAUGGGUUCUGUUUGUUCAACAAUGUUGCUAUUGCAGCAGAAUAUGCAAAACUGAAAUAUGGUCUACAGAGAAUCCUAAUUGUUGACUGGGAUGUGCAUCAUGGGCAAGGAACUCAGUAUAUAUUUGAAGAGGAUCCAAGUGUUUUGUACUUUUCCUGGCAUCGUUAUGAACAUCAGGAAUUCUGGCCAUCACUCAAAGAAUCUGAUUAUGAUGCUGUGGGUCUGGGAAAAGGAAAAGGUUUUAACAUAAAUUUGCCUUGGAAUAAGGUUGGGAUGGGAAAUUCAGAUUAUCUUGCUGCAUUUUUCCAUGUAUUGCUUCCAGUGGCUUUUGAGUUUGAUCCUGAACUGGCUAUUGUCUCCUCUGGAUAUGAUUCUGGAAUUGGAGACCCCGAAGGUCAGAUGAAUGCCACUCCUGAGGUUUUUGCCCACCUUACCCAUUUCCUGAUGCAAUUAGCUAAUGGAAAACUGUGUGUCAUCCUAGAGGGUGGAUACCACUUGAAAUCAUUGGCUGAAUCAGUCUGCAUGACUGUAAAAACUUUGCUUGGAGAUCCUGUACCUCAAAUAACGGGAGAAAUGGCACCUUGUCUAAGAGAGACCAGAGCUUGUUCAUUUUCAGUUGGAUAUUUUGGUUUUGCUUUUUUGUUGAGGUAAGUUAUGUUUCCUCUGUUUUCAUUAUUCCUGAUUCUGUUAAUCCGGUUUCUU